CACAGCACAUAAAGGAAACCCUAUAGGAAUGACCACAGCACAUAAAGGCUACGCUAUAGGAAUGACCACAGCACAUAAAGGCUACGCUUUAGGAAUGACCACAGCACAUAAAGGCUACGCUAUAGGAAUGACCACAGCACAUAAAGGAAACCCUUUAGGAAUGACCACAGCACAUAAAGGAAACCCUUUAGGAAUGACCACAGCACAUAAAGGCUACGCUAUAGGAAUGACCACAGCACAUAAAGGAAACCCUUUAGGAAUGACCACAGCACAUAAAGGAAACCCUUUAGGAAUGACCACAGCACAUAAAGGCUACGCUAUAGGAAUGACCACAGCACAUAAAGGAAACCCUAUAGGAAUGACCACAGCACAUAAAGGCUACGCUAUAGGAAUGACCACAGCACAUAAAGGCUACGCUUUAGGAAUGACCACAGCACAUAAAGGCUACGCUAUAGGAAUGACCACAGCACAUAAAGGAAACCCUUUAGGAAUGACCACAGCACAUAAAGGAAACCCUUUAGGAAUGACCACAGCACAUAAAGGAAACCCUUUAGGAAUGACCACAGCACAUAAAGGCUACGCUUUAGGAAUGACCACAGCACAUAAAGGAAACCCUUUAGGAAUGACCACAGCACAUAAAGGAAACCCUUUAGGAAUGACCACAGCACAUAAAGGCUACGCUUUAGGAAUGACCACAGCACAUAAAGGCUACGCUAUAGGAAUGACCACAGCACAUAAAGGCUACCCUUUAGGAAUGACCACAGCACAUAAAGGCUACGCUUUAGGAAUGACCACAGCACAUAAAGGCUACGCUAUAGGAAUGACCACAGCACAUAAAGGCUACGCUUUAGGAAUGACCACAGCACAUAAAGGAAACCCUAUAGGAAUGACCACAGCACAUAAAGGCUACGCUAUAGGAAUGACCACAGCACAUAAAGGCUACGCUUUAGGAAUGACCACAGCACAUAAAGGAAACCCUAUAGGAAUGACCACAGCACAUAAAGGCUACGCUAUAGGAAUGACCACAGCACAUAAAGGCUACGCUUUAGGAAUGACCACAGCACAUAAAGGAAACCCUAUAGGAAUGACCACAGCACAAAGGCUACGCUAUAGGAAUGACCACAGCACAUAAAGGAAACAUUUACAUUACAUUUAAGAGAAACCCUAUAGGAAUGACCACAGCACAUAAAGGCUACGCUAUAGGAAUGACCACAGCACAUAAAGGCUACGCUAUAGGAAUGACCACAGGAAUGUGUAUAGUGUGAAUGGGAAAAUGUGUUGCUGUGUGUUUAGCAUAUGACAGGGGAAUUACCCAGCUACGUUCCCUGGCUAACGAGAUUACAGUAAUCUGGUCCUAUCACUGGGCCUGUUUCAGCUGACAGCCUAAAAUCACCCAAAAGGCCCCAAUGAGUCACCAGCCCAACACAGGAGUCCAUCUGUCUGCCUGUGCGAUAUACGAGAGAAUAUCUACACUGAGUGUGAAACAUUUUAAGGACACCUGGGCUUUCCAUUACUUAGACUGACCAGGUGAAAGCUAUGAUCGCUUAUUGAUGUCGCUUGUUAAAUCCACUUCAAAUCAGUGUAGAUGAUGGGGAGGAGACAGGUUAAAGACGGAUUUUAAAGCCUUGAAACAAUUGAGACAUGGAUUGUGUAUGUGCGCAAUUCAGAGGGUGAAUGGGCAAGGCAAAAAUAUUUAAGUGCCUUUGAAUGAGGUAUGGCAGUAGGUGCCAGGCACACCGGUUUGUGUCAAGAACUGCAAAGCUGCUGGGUUUUUCAUGCUCAACAGUUUCCCAUGUGUAUCAAGAAUGGCCCACCACCCAAAAGAUAUGAAGCCAACUUGACACAACUGUGGGAAGCUUUGAAGACAACAUGGGCCAGCAUCCCUGUGGAACACUUUCAACACCUUGUAGAGUCCAUGCCCCAACAAAUUUAGACUGUUCUGAGGGCAAAAUGGGGGGGGGGUUGUUCACUCAGUGUCCAUGUGUCUCACAUGGAAAUGUAUAUCAGAGAGAGAGAGAGAGAGAGACAGAGAGACAGAGAGAGAGAAAAAAAGAGAAAGAGAGAGAGAGUGAGAGAGGGAUAAGGAUUGACAGAGAACGAGAGGACCACUGGGAGAGACAGAAGGAUAACCUAAGCCAUAUUAUAGACACAGGGAGAGAUAGAGAACAUGACAGACAGAUAGUUAGAGGGGUACAGUACAUGCUUCAGGAGGUCUAGAAACAAACAUGGUUUGCUUUCCGGCACACUUGAAGCCAUAAGUGUUCUUUGUGAAAUGUCCUUGAGCUGAGAGAGGGAGUUUGUCGGUCUGAAAACACAGAGACAAACAGUCACACAGAAAUUCACAGCCUCAUGUUAGCAAACAUACCAGUAGUCAGACACAAACAGUCAGGCAGGCAGUAGAUCACACACCUUCCUGGAACAAUGAGGUAGAUGCAUACCAUUAGGACUUCUAGACUGAAACUCAAUGGAAAAAACGCUGUCCUGCCAGGAAGCCAAACACAUCUACCUCUAAAUCAGAACAGAUCUUUCCUUCCAAAGAAAGGCAUGUAAAUAACACUGCAGCAGCAGGAUAAAAGCAAUCAGAUUAAGACCCAUAUUAAUUUCAUUGAUGUGAUAAACCCAUGUUUAUUAGCCCUAGCUCAGGCUUCUCAUAUGCUAAUGUAUAACCACAGAGGAGUCAGUGGGGAGCUUAGCACCAAAAUACCUCCACUGGCUCCGGCCUCUCUCUGGUUGUCUAGACACUCAGGGAUAAUCCCCCACUCUGGGCCCCGAAAAGAGAGAUCUGUAUAGGGGUCGCUCUCCCUCUCCCUCAGUCUCCCCCUCUCCCUGCACCAGCAUUGGGUUUCAUCAGAUCUGGAAGGACAAGAGGGGUGUACCCCAUUCCAGUCUCUGUACAGUAUGAUACUAUACACAUCUCAGUGUCUAUUUAACAGAGGAAAAAACUAAUAUUGCAGCUGUUAUUGUUUAAUAGAAUAGCUAUCAUGUGUCUUGUAUUAUUAAACAGAGGGGAGAGGAACAGUAGGAGACAGACAGACCAUGUUUGGUGUAUGUGAAGGGAAGAGAGAGAGGGGGUAACAGAGCACAUGUGUGUCGGAGAGAGAAAGUUGUGAAGAGGCAGAUGUUCCAUUGGCAUUCACGCUGUCUUUCCAUUUAAGAAGAACACCAAAGCCAUAACAAUGAGAGCAACAUGGAGGCAUACUCAUACAGAUAAAUCAACACACAUACAUUUCUAGCAUACUAAGACACUCGGUCUCUCUCUCACACACGCGUGCAUUCAAGUACAUGCGUGUGUACACGCACGCACACACACACACACACACACACAUACACACACACACACACACACACACACACACACACAUGCCAUACUCUUUCUCUGUAACACAUCUCCACACACACAACCUCCUCUCACAAACCUCACAUGUUUCUGCGCAGGGAGGCAAACACACCCCUACUGCUGCACAUCUGGCAGGGGACACAAGCCCCUCUUUGUGCUGGGGAUCUGGGAGUGUGCCCCCUGGUGGCUGAGGAGAGUAACACAACCACUUCAGGGGACCAGCAUCUUCUCCUUUCAGCAUACACACUAUAGACAGACAAGACACACACUGGGACAUAUCACUUACGCAACAUACAGGGUUGUAGGGCUA